AUGCAGUCUGCAAAGUCUGAAAGUGCUGCUUAUGAUGAUGUUUCGAAAUACUAUAAUGCAAAUUUGCUAGAAAGCGUACAAAACUUAGGUAAUAACUUUGUAAAUAACCUUCAGCAGGUGAUGGAAAAAAGUUUGCCGAUUCAUAUAAAUAAAAUCGAAAAUGAGCUUGUUGACAACUUGAGGGAAAAAAUAAAAAUCUAUACUUUUGAACUUAUAAAAGCAGACAUCGAUAAAACUAAAAAGAAGUUUAGUGAGGAUUUCGAAAAAAUUAAGAAUCAAAACAAAUUGCACUUUGAAAGGAUAAAAAUGAUUGAGGAUAGAAUCAUAUUACAUUUUAAAAAGAAUUUUCUAUUAAAUUAUUUAGGAUUGCUAUAAUUUUUAUAGUAAAUAUAUAUUAAAAUAUAAUUUCUUAUUUAUAACAUAAAUAAAUUAAGUAUAAAAUUGGAGAACGAUUAUAAGCAAAUUGACAGCCAAUAUGAAGAGGAGGAAAGCCAAAUCGAAACUUUGGAAAAAUCCAUUCAAGAUGUGCUAAAACUAAAUGAUAAAGAAGCUCUUAUAGACAAACUUUUAAGUUUAGACCCGAAUGUGUUGCAGCCUGACUCUUUGUCAGCUGAUACAAUAGAUGCUCUAUUAAAUAAAAUUCUUGAUUUAAUCGUGGAUGACAGUAUCGAUUCAUUGGAUGUAUGAGUUGAGCAAAUAUGCAAAGUAAUGCCUUUAAAGACUCCUAAAAGUCAAAAAACAGUUUACAGAAUUGUUAUGUCGAAUAAAAAUAAUUUAGAUAAUGCCAAAAAGAUAGCGUUUGAGAGGACAAUGAGUGGCUAG